UAGAAUGCGGACCACAUUAAUCAGAAUAUUAAAUCUGAUUAGCAGUGUUCCGCAUUCUAGGAAUGCGGAACACUGCCAAUUUACCGUUGGGAGCUGGUCUCCCAACGGUAAAUUAAAUGCGUUCCGCAUUCAUGGAAUGCGGAACGCAUUUAAUUGGCCGUUGGGAGACCAGCUCCCAACGGUGAGGCUGCCUAUAAAAGGGAUGGGGGGUUUUUUAUUUGUAAGGAAAAAUAGUUACUAAAUCAAAGAAAAAAAAUGAGAGUAGAGGGGAGAAAAAAAAGUAGUUUCGAUGUUAUAUUUUGAAAAAUAUUUCGGGAAAAAGUUGGAAGAAGUUAUAUUUCGGAGCUAAACGGAUCUAUUCGUGAAGUGUUAUAUUUUUUAUUCGAUAUUUAUUUAAAGGACUACAAGAGAAAUGACGAGUCCAAAUAUAUCUUUGUUGAUAUGGUGUGAUGGCCGUAUUGUGAGUUCUCCGUGUGGAAUAGAAUACCACGGGGGUCGUCCGGUUAAUAUGGCGCUUAGCGAGAGAAUGAGUUUCGAGGAAUUACAAAAUAUUUGUAGAAGAGCAGUUUCUACCGACGGGGAAGUAGAAAUUUCAAAAAUCUACUUCCGGCUUCCAAGAAUAGUUGGGGGUGCGAUACGGUCGUACUCGUUGUUUUCUGUGGAGAAUAACGAGCAUGUGUUUGGAAUUCUGAACGAGGUCGUGCGGUAUCCGCAACUCGAGAUUUUGGAAUUGUACGUGGAAUACGAGGCCGUGGUUCGCAACAAGACUUUACUAGAUCAGUUGGUCUUAGGUGAUUCAAGCGGGUCUGAGAGGGGUAGUGGUGAAGAGGAAGAAGAGGAAGAAGCGGAUUUCUACGACAGCAACGAAGAGGAUGUCGAGGAAGACUUAGGAGCAGAUUCACAAUAUGAGUCGCAACUUCCUGAGCAUGUAAGAACGGCGGAUCUUUGCGACUUUGACGUCGCCCCGGAGGAUGAUGAAAAGAUUAUGUGGGAUCCUGGGAUGGAAUUCCGAGUAGGGAUGGUAUUCCCAAAUCGCGAUGCCGUCCGAGCUUGUGCGACUACUUAUUCGGUCGGGGUGGGAAGAGAGUUCAAGGGUCGCCGGACUACCAACUCGACAAUAGUGUUGGCUUGCAGGCAGAACCCUGUAUGUAACUGGUGGCUGCGCGCUACACUUCUGCAAGCAACUCAGACGUGGACGUUGACAAAAUAUAUUGGCCCGCACACGUGCAAUCAGCUGUUACCUGAUCCAAACCAUCGGAAUUUUGGGUCUGUUGCAAUCGCAGACUAUAUCAAGGGUCAAGUAAAGCUGCAACGUGAUAUACGGAUCGAUACCCUCAGAGCUGGAAUUUGGCAACAACUUGGAGUUAGGCCUCCGUAUAAACGAACCUGGAAUGCAAAGGAAAAGGCAAUAGCUGAUGUUUACGGUGGCUGGUAUGAAUCAUUUGCUAUGGCUGAACGUCGGGACUACUACACUCCUGGGCCGUUGGUGCCAGACGUUCUGACAAUGCAGGACGAUCACAGAUCCUCGGUUAUUUGGGAUAACCAGGGCGACGAGUCUUCCUUAGGGUCACGUUCGAGCGCCAGACUUACUCCAUUUCACGAGCUAGAUUCUCGCAUCAGGAAUGGGAUUAUUCAGACUGGCAUGUCUGGUUUUCUAGCGAUGCGCCAGUUUCCAGUUGACUUGUGCCUUAUCACAGCUCUUGUGGAGAGGUGGAGACCAGAGACACACACGUUUUGGUUUCCAGAGGGCGAGUGUACUAUCACGCUGCAGGACGUGGCCAUCCUGACAGGGCUCCCAGUGGAUGGGACGCCCGUUACCGGACCUCGUAUACGGGAUUGGAACACGGUGUCUGUUCCGCUUUUAGGGAGGCAGUUAGAGGUCAGCCGUCCCCGUAAACCGGGGUCCUCGUGGGUCAGUGGUGCUUGGUUGUCCGCCCAGUUUGGAGGUUGGACGGUUUUGCCUGCGGGUGCUACAGAGGAUCAGGUCGACCAGGCGGUUCGAGGCUACCUUUGGGCUGCUUUACAGGGUCUGUGCUUUCCGGACUUGAACAGUGGCCACGUGGGCGUGAGGAUUCUUCCGCAUCUGGCGGAUUUAGGCCACUUGCGCGAUAUUAGCUGGGGAUCGGCUGUUCUGGCGUAUUUGUACCACGAGCUAUGCCUCUGCGCCUCUGCUUCGGCGGACAGACAGAACAUCGGGGGCGCCGUGUGGAUUCUACAGCUCUGGGCUUACGAGCGACUUAGGCCAUUGCGACCCCGUUUGGCCGACUUUACCGUCACGGGGGGAUUGCCUUUGGGUGACAGGUACAAUUUUCGUAUGAAGUUAUCUUAAUUUUACGUUUUUCAG